GUACCUGGGGGAGGAGCACGUGAGGGACACCGGGAAAGGCUGCGUGCAGGGAUCUAUCGGCGGGCCGAUAUUGUGGAACCUGCUCCUGGAUCCACUACUUCAGGAGUUGGAGGCCAAAGGCGAGUACGCGCAGGCGUUCGCCGACGAUGUGGUGUUGGUGUUCGAGGGUGAUACGGCCCUCGAGAUCGAACGUCGGGCCAAUGCCGUCCUCGAACGUGUGAGGGCGUGGGGAGCAUCUAAUAAGCUUCGGUUUGCGCCCCACAAGACAAACGCUAUGGUUGUGACGCGCAAACUGAAGUAUGACACCCCGCGUCUUCACAUGGGCGGGGUCGACAUUGUCCUGGCGAGCGAGAUCAAGCUGCUGGGGGUCGUCAUAGAUCACAAACUCACCUUCAACGCCCACGUCGCGAACGUCUGCAGGCGCGCGCUCGCCUUUUAUCACCAGCUGGCCCGUGCGGCUAAGGCCAGCUGGGGUCUCCAUCCUGAAGUAAUCCGCACUAUUUACAGGGCGGUGGUUGAGCCCGUGAUUUUGUAUGCGGCUGCCGUCUGGGCGCCGGCCGUGGACAAGCUCGGUGUUCGCAAGCAGCUGAACGUGGUCCAGCGGGGCUUCGCGCAGAAGCUUUGCAGGGCAUACCGAACCACCUCUCUGAACUCCGCAUUGUUGCUCGCUGGGAUACUCCCCCUCGACCUCCGUGUCCGCGAAGCCGCGAAUUUGUACGAGGCGAGACGGGGGGUCCCCCAGCGGGUGAUAGGGGAUCGAGAGGUGGAGCGGAUGUCCUCGGCUCUGCGGUCUCCGCACCCCGCCUCUCAUAUCGACCUCGGGUUCAAGCGCCUGGCGGACCAAGAACAGUUUACCGCAAACAGCGAGCACGCCUUUAAUAUCUUCACGGACGGAAGCAAGAUUGAGGGCAAAGUGGGCGCGGCGCUGUCCGUAUGGGCUGGCGCCGCCGAAACCAAAACCCUCAAGCUUGCUUUGCCGUCUUAUUGUACGGUCUACCAGGCGGAACUCUUGGCGAUAUGUCGGGCGGCACGGAUGGCCGCGGACACCUUGGCUGGAUCCGUCGGGAUUUAUUCCGACUCCUUGUCGGCACUGCUCACGCUGGAGAACCCGGUAGCCCCCCAUCCCCUAGCCGUUGAAGCGCGGGGACACCUGCGAAGGGCUCUGCUCCGGGACAAACGUGUUAGUUUGUUCUGGAUCAAAGCCCACGCAGGGCUGGAGGGCAAUGAGCGUGCCGACCAUCUGGCCAAGGAGGCUGCGCUGAAGUCUAAACGCGCUUUUGACUAUGACAGCUGCCCGGUUUCAUUCAUCAGGCGGAGCAUUCGCAUGCAAUCGCUUGAUGAAUGGAACCAGCGGUAUCGAGCCGGCGAAACGGCUGGUGUCACCAGGGUGUUCUUCCCUGACGCGAUAGCCGCGUACAAAAUCACGAGCAAAAUAGGGGUGGACUGGUUUGUCACCCAAGCGUUGACGGGGCAUGGCGGAUUCUCCGAAUACUUGUACCGUUUCAAGUGUAAGGAGAGUCCGUCGUGCGUCUGCGACCCUGGGUGCUCCGAGUCCGUCCUCCACGUCCUCCUGGAGUGUCCUGCAUUUGCCUACGAGAGGCUACGUUUAGAGAACGAAAUAGGCGUACAGAUGAUAAAAGGGAACUUGUGCGAAAUCAUUAAAAAUAAAGCAAGUAGAGAACUGUUCCUACAGUAUUGCAAGAAAAUAGUUAAAGCAGUUAAUAUUAGAAAUAAGAAUUAG